AUGGCAGUUGAGAGUUGUUUACUAAAUUGGGGAAUUAAGAGAGUGUUUACAGUAACUGUUGAUAAUGCAAGUUCAAAUAAUGUUGCUAUUGCCUAUUUGAAAAAGAAAAUAGUUGGUUGGGGGUUUAGCAUUUUAAAUUGCAAGUACCUUCACAUGAGAUGCAUUGCACACAUAAUUAACUUGGUUGUUGUUGAUGGAUUGAAGGAAACUAAUGUUUCAGUGAAAAGGGUUGGGGAAGCAGUGAGAUAUAUUAGGCAAUCUCCUGCUAGGUUGCAAAAGUUUAAAUCAUGUUGUGAGAUGGAGGGGAUUGAAAGUAAAAGUUCUUUAUGCUUAGACGUGUACAUCAGGUGGAAUUCUACUUAUUUGAUGUUAAAUGUUGCACAAAAGUUUGAAAAUGCAUUUGAUAGAUAUGCUACUAUAGAUCCAUGCUUUAAAUUUGAUCUUCAGUCAAGUGAUGGUUUGCCAGAUAGUUUGGAUUGGGAAAAUGUUAGGAGACUUGUAGAUUUUUUGGGCCACUUUUAUGAUCUUACCUUGAGAAUAUCAAGAUCUCGAUAUGUCACUUCUAAUAUAUUUUUUAAUGAGAUCAGUUCAGUUGAUUGUUUAUUGCAAGAGUGGCAAGGGAGUAAUGACAUAGAAUUGGCAUGUAUGGGUGAUAGGAUGAAGGUAAAAUUUGAUAAAUAUUGGGGGGAUCCUGAUAAGAUGAAUAAAAUAGUUUAUAUUGCAGUGGUGGUUGAUCCUCGAUAUAAGUUGAAAUUUAUGGAAUUUGCUCUUUCAACUGUGCAUGGGAAAGAAAAGGGUAUGGAAUUGGCAAAGAAAAUUAAAUUGACUGUAUAUGAGUUGUUUGAUGAAUACAAGAAAACAUAUCAAGUUGAACAUGAACGUGGUAGCAAUGUAGCUGGGAAUACAAGUGAAAACAAUGAAAGUGAAGGAGCAAAAAAGAAAUCACAGUUGAAUUUGGGGGAUCAAUUCUUGAAACAUAAAAUAGAGACUAGAGAAGCUAAUAGCAAGUUUGACUUAGAUUGCUAUUUGAAUGAGGGCAUUAAAGUGGUGGAUGAAAAAGAAGAAUUUGAUAUAUUAAAGUGGUGGCAACUUAAUUCUGGUAGGUUUCCCAUCCUUUCAAUCAUGAUAAGAGAUAUAUUGGCAAUGUCUAUAUCUACAGUUGCUUCGGAAUCAGCCUUUAGUACUGGAGGUAGAGUACUUGAUCCUUUUAGAAGUUCUUUAACUUCUAAAAUUAUUGAAGCAUUAAUAUGUGCACAAGAUUGGUUGCGGAAGUCCCAUUGCUGCAAAUCCAUUGAAGAGCAAAUUACUGACCUUGAAAGGCUUGAAGAGGACAGGUCUCUCAAGUACCUAAUUAGCAUCUUGGUGAACAUCCCCAUCAAGGUAGGCAAGCUUGUUAUUCCUAUUGAUUUCAUUGUCCUGGAGAUGGAGGAAGAUGUUCAAAUUCUCAUCAUAUUCGGAAGACCUUUCUUGGCAACCACCAGAGCUAUCAUAGAUGUUAAAAAUGGGUGGUUAACUCUUAAAGUAGGAGAAAAGGAAGUAGAGUUCAACCUGUUUAGAGCUAUAAAACAUAAGCUAAAUACGGAUGAGUGCUUAAGGGUUGACAUUAUAGACAAGCUAGUGGAAGAGGAAUUCUAUAAGAGAUAUCCUGAAGAUCCUCUUAAAGCAUGCAUUGUGCACAGCAACACCAUAGAUUAUGACAACAAGGAAAUAGUAGCCUAUGCACAAUCACUUGGAGCACUAGCCCACCUCUACCCUUAG